AUGCGGGCAGCUAGCGGCCACUCGCGCCUCCCCGCGGGCCUCAUGGGCACCGUGCUCAGCUUCAGUCCGCGUGAGCGGCCUCCCCGGCCCGCGCCCCCCGUCGACCGCCCGGCUCUUGCCUACUCCUACGAGCGGCUAAACAACGCCAAGAACCGAGAGAACCGCGAACGCGAGGAGCGCCGGGCCACCCUCGACGAUGCCGCCAAGAUCAUCUCCGAGAAGACCGCGCUCGAGAAGAACCUCAAGAAGCACUCGUUGUUCAUCAACGCGCUCUCUUGGAAGAGAUUCUCCACGGCCAAUAACAAGAAGAAGUUGGAAUGCAAGAGCAAGAGUGUUACGACUUUCCGGGCGCCGCUCACGGACAAUACGCCUUUGGAUCGGAACAAGAAUGUGAGCGUUGGGGGUGCGAUAUACACGCGGGGUCCAGUGCCACCCUUACCUCCCCCACCAACGGAAGUAGCUAGAACGAAUGCGCUCAACAACAAUGUGUGCUAUUCAGAGAAGUUGCCGACAACUGCGGUGGGAACUGCCCCGAUACCCGCACCGAGGAAGACCGUGAUCCAGGCGUCUACUUCAGAGCUUUUGAAGUGUCUGGGUAUGUUUCUGCACGCCCGAUGCCAUCGACUACGAGACUUCCAGGCAGGAGAUGCUGUGAUGUGGCUUCGGACAGUAGACAGGUCGCUGCUACUGCAGGGAUGGCAGGAUGUUGCCUUCAUCAAUCCAGCCAAUGUGGUGUUCGUCUACAUGUUGGUGCGUGAGCUGGUAGACGGGGAGAGAAUAGCGCGGCCCCAGGAGCUCCAAGCGGUCGUGCUAACCUGCCUCUACCUGUCAUACUCCUACAUGGGCAACGAAAUCUCGUAUCCCCUCAAGCCUUUCCUAGUCGAAGACUCCAAAGACAAAUUUUGGGAUCGCUGCCUUUUAAUCGUCAAUAGACUGUCCUUUAACAUGUUAAGAAUUAAUUCCGAGCCUGGCUUCUUCACCGAGGUGUUCACAGAGCUGAAGGGUUGUGGUAAAAUGGAGAAUACGCCCCCCGCGCCGCCGCACCCGGCGCCCGCACCCCCUCAGGUUCAGCCGCACGCGCUAACGGCUGCCUGACAUAAAGAAGUCGCUGUGCUCAGACUGGCACUAACAGAUCGCCCAACUCGUGUUUGAUGUCGGCUUUUAACUGCUGAAAAUCUUGGUAGAUCAACGCACUACGAAUGGACUUACAGCACAGUUACAAACAUCUAGCUUAAUGUAUAAUGAAACGCGAUGCGAGAUUCAGUUGUUUCAGUAAGAACAAAUUUCCUAACGAGUUAGGUGUUGUUGUGUUCUGAUACACUGCGAAUCAUUAUCUCCACACGAAGAGGUCAUGGUCGUUUUUAAUUAAAUCAACGAUUGUUUUCACUAAGUACUACCUAUGUCUUUUUUAGCGAUCAUUCAUUCGUAAAUGAAGCCAGGUACAAAGAUAUUAUAUUCGUUGGUUACAUUGCUUAUGCUGUGCCUAUUUAAACUGAGGCAAUACUGAAUCUUUUUCGUUGUAAUAUUAAAAAAUUAACCACUAUUAAAAUCGAAUGCAUAAGAACUAACCAAUUUGUUAAAAUAAGUUGUCUGAUUUGAUGAUGUAAAAAUAUUGAUGAAUAAUACAAUUUGCCUAAGUAGGUACCUACAUAAAAAUGAAAACGUUUAUUGAACUCAUAAACGGUGAUAGCCAAACUCCACUAAGUUUUAAACAACUGUUCGCUUUUAAAUUUAGCCGGAUUAUACUUCGCCAGCAAUCGCUAUACUAUAUUUGACUACUAAUAUUUCAAACAUAUGUAAAAUCACUGCACGUUUCAUACUAAACUAAAUUUUCAUUUUGACAUAGACCCAGCUUCUUAUUACCUACGUAAUAUUUACAUCCUCUUUGGAGCAUAUUAGCUGAAUGAAAAGAUAAGCUGUUUCUUAACUAUAAAACUACUAAUGAUAUUAAAAAUCUACCUACCUACAUAAAAAUGAAAACGUUUAUUGAACUCAUAGCAUCAAAACAAAUCACAUAAAUAAAAAACAUCAAACAAUUAAAACCACAUAAAAAGAAAUCACACUUAAGAACCUAGAGUAAUUCAAUUCCAGGCUGCUUCAUCAUAUAAAUAAUCUUGGAUAUUGGAAUAGCCUUUGCUGCUUAAUUUACUUUUUGUGAAGGCUUUGAAUUUAUUUACAGAGAUCGGUAGAUUUAUCUUUGCUAUCUGUUCAUCGAAGUUUUUUAAUAGAAACGAAUACAUUAUCGAGUCUUGUGGCAAUCUUGCCAAGUUUACCUUAUUUCUAAUAUUAAUAUAUGUAUUAUCACUUAGUUUUGUGGAAUUAAGUAUUUCUAUUCCUUUGUGCAAACAUCAAAUUAUUGUAAAUGAAUAAUACUGUAUAAUUAAUUACCUACAUACCUUGUACGUGUUAUAAUAAGUACCUAACUGCAUUACAGCUAUAGGUAUCUGUGGUUUUAUUUAAAAAAAUAUGAAGUUUGUAAAAAUACUUCAAGUUAAUCACAAACUUGAAUAUUCCAGGAUAAUUUUAAAUUAAAAGUACCUAGUAGGUAUACUUAAAUCUCAGCUUCAUUCAAAAUUCUAUUUGUUUAAGUUGGGUAGAUACAUAGUGAAAACAUACCUCUAAUAGAAUAACUGGAUGAAUUUGUAACAAUAAUAUUUAUGUAUCGCAAUAUUUAAGAUUUUAAUUCAAGCGAUAAAGUCUUAUCACGUGAUAAAGAUAAACCAAGAUUUAUGGCAGUUUCCGAUAUCAGAAGAAGUCGGUCAGCACAUUUAAGUAUACAGAAUUGUGAUAAAUAUAAAAAUCCUGAUUUGUUUUCGCUAAUUCUUAACGAAUUCACGAACAGAUAAACCUUCGAGCGUGAAAUAAUUCGUUAGCAUAAAGAUCUCUUGACUCUCCAGUUGUAGUGAUCUGAGAAGAGAAAACGAUUUGGAGGAGCUCAAUAUUAAAUGGCCAGCCACAGCUAAAAUAUUGCACAUGUUGAUAUAUCUCGAAAAUAGACAAAAGAUGAAUUUAUAAGUAGGUAUAACGGGUUAUGAGAACCUAGAAAGUGACGGGGUCAAAGAUAGAUUCGUAGAUAAGAAUACCAGACUAGCGAAACUCUCGAUUGUAUGAAACGUGCAGUCAUUGAUAGAUUGACAGAUGACGGCUAUUCGCUUUCAAAUUUAGCCGGAUUAUACUUCGCCAGCAAUCGCUAUACUAUAUUUGACUACUAAUAUUUCAAACAUAUGUAAAAUCACUGCACGUUUUAUACUAAACUAAAUUUUCAUUUUGACUUAGGCCCAGCUUCUUAUUACCUACGUAAUAUUUACAUCCUCUUUGGAGCAUAUUAGCUGAAUGAAAAGAUAAGCUGUUUGUUAACUAUAAAACUACUAAUGAUAUUAAAAAUCAUGUGUAAUUUUAGUUCGUGAAUUUCAUAUUCAAAUGUAGGUUAACGAUUACCCAAGAAGUAUUGAUUUGUAAUAAAAGUCUAGUUUAUUCUAGCAUUUGUUGUCACGAUCUACAAACGUGGUAUUCGAUUUGAAAAGACUUCGUAGGUAACAAUCUCCUUUAUUGAUCAAUAAACACGUUUGUGUUCUCGUAAUUUCUAAAAUAUGAAUCUGAUCGAUCUUCAGCACCAGUUUAGAUAUUUCAAAAGAGAGACAUAUUAUAUAGCCUAAAAAUAUUGCGAAAAGCAUAAGAAUCCGAGAUUAUCAACUGUCAAUUUUUAUUUUAGCCUGUGGUUAGACAUUCCAAGUGCAAACUGGAUUCAGUCAGCAUAUUAUUCAUAUUGAAUUAUUAAAUAAUAAUUUUAUUCAUUCUCCAACUCCCAAUGAGAGUCGAGGGUAUUGAGGUAAACACUUCCAACCUUGUUCGUUUGUUUUUUCGUAGCAAGUAAAGAAAGUUUGGAUAGUGUUUUCCGAAAAACAUUAAAAUGGCCCUGUCAAUAGGGUCAACGAAAUUCGAUUCGAUUCAAACUCAAGAAUUGACUAAAGUUUGUCCAAUAGUACAGUCAAUAGUAGGUUAUGUUAAGAGUUAAUAUUAUAACGUAGUUGAAUCGUGUGUAAUGUAAAUGAUGCGCCUAGUAGGACGAAGUAUGAAGACUAGAUGAAAGUAGAAUAAUAAAAAAAUAUCUUUUGACGAAGACACCUAAAAUGGCAACAUAGAAUUCCGAUGUUAUUUUAAAGUAUUUAUAUGCUGCAAUAAUACAAAAAUCAUGGAGGUUUAUUUGACGCAGUUUUCGGAUUCGAUUUAUGAGGUAUAGGUACGUUAGCUGAUGUCCAGAUAUUAUCCUUCCUAUACCUUCUGGUGUUGGCUUAGUCUUUAAUAUGUUUCUAUUGCGGCAGAUAUUAGGUAAUUUGGCACAAUAGUCCUAGGCGGUCAUUAUUUAUUAAAUUAAUUAUGGAAGUUAGUCGAUAUUAGGUAAAUGGGGCAGGCGGGGAGUUGCAAUAUACUCCGGAUAUCCGGUGAAGUCCUUCAGAAUGUUGUACGUACGGCCGGCUCAAAGCACGAUGUUUAACUUAUAUAUAGGGCAAAUUUUGCGAAUAAACGUUUUGUACAGUGAACUUAUAUAAGUAUACUAGUCUAGUUUAGAAAAUGGUCUAAAUUAAAGGCACUCGGUUUAGUCCAUAUUGAUAUUUGUUUAGCUGUACUUAAGGUCGAUAUUCCAACUUCAAACUUUCAUCCAUUUUACGAUAAUCGAUCAAGAAAGACCUCUCAUUUGUAUUUUAUUAAUAUUUUAAUAAUGUCUAUAUUAUAAUACACAACAAUGAUGCAAUACUUUCAAGGCGGUGCAGAAAAAAUCUGGUCAUUAGAGUCAUAAGAUUUAUUACGUUAUUAUUGAAUCUCGAAAAUAGUCAUUAUUUUUAAGUGUACCUUCUAGAUAUUUUUAUCUGUGAUGUUCAGUUAGUUUGAUUUGUUAAUUUUUUCUUGAGCUUGGCAAAUGCCGAAACAGAGAUUUUAGAUUUUAUUAUAAUUUUUAGGUGUUGUAAUUAUUUUGUUGUAUUGAAUUCAAAUAGAAUUUAGCGCGUUAGACAUACUUAGUAGCUAUUAACAUAAUAAUAAUUAAUUUCUAAGUAAUUAUACUUUGAUGCCGUCUGCGUCAUUAAUCUUGUUAUACACAUAGGUACGUAUAACUUCAAUCAAUUAUCUUCGUUAUAUCAGGAGUACUUAUGAUCUUAAUUCAUUUAGCAGUUAGUAUAACCCACCAUUUCCCAAAGAGGUACCUACAACAUUUUGGAUCAAGUAUUUCGAACUACUUAAGUAUGCUCUGUUAUGAGUUUUUGGAAAUGCGAAUAUACGACUAAUAAAUAAAUUAAUUAGGCAAUAUAAAUAAUCUUUGCCUAAUUGAAAGUUGAAUUUGUUAUAAAUUUUUAUUGGUAAUUCAAAUUUUUUUUCGGUGCUCUACGAACGUAUGCAAUUGAAUGUUUUACUGUAAAGGUGAAGCAUAUCAUAAUUUAUUUAUUUGUUCAAAACUGACAUGUCUGCUUUCACAAAAAAUAAAUUUAUACCACCACAUCGUAUAAUUGAGCUUAAAUGAGAGAUUCAAAUGUAGUUGGAAGCUAUUUCGUACCGUUAGACUAUGUCCUCUGGUGGGAUGGAUAUGUUGUGACGACAUAAAUAUAAAUGUUAUUUAUGUACGUGAUGUAGGUAAAUUAUAAAUCCCAUAUUUAAAUGAGGGAUACGAAUAUAUUAAUAAACGAUUUAUUUGCAGUUGCAAUUGAACAAUAAUUUAAGUAAAAAGAUACUUAUUGAAAAGAAGAAGAUAUUUUUCAGUCUGAUUCCGUUACUACCUAGAAAAAGAUGAAAAUAAGAAUGAAACAAAGAAAAAUUUAUAAAAAAAAUUGAUUAGAUCUAUAUCAAGGCAAUUAAUAGCUGAUGACGUCGAACUGCAACGAAAGUAACUACAUACCAAUAAUCCUAUUAUUUGUAACUUUAAAAUUAUACAAAUCAUUGAAUUUGCCCUCUCUGUCUCGUAUAAAAUGUUAUUUCAACAUACCAAUAGGUUUAAACAUUAUACAUAAAUAGGUACCGACUUAGUGUAUUCUCAGUGGCUUUUAUUUUGUUUGAAAUUUAGUAACCUAUAUUUUCAAAAGAGCAUGCAUGAUAUACAAAGUUUUAUUUAAAAUAAAGUUGUGUUACCUCUGCCUAUUUAACUCACAUUUGUUAAUCUAAUGUAUUGUAAAUAUACCCAAUUAUUAAAAAAGUUUCAUAUGUACUGUA